AUGGUGAUGGAGCAUAGCUUUUGGUUAUCCAUAAUGUUUAUGGUUGCAUUAGGUGUAGCACAUUCGGCAGAUUCAACCCUUCGAUUUGGGAUGCUGCCUAAAGGCGUGCUUAUUCCUUCAUUUGGAUCUAGUACACAUUCAACUGUUUCACUAAUGACAUCGAUAUCUUCAUUACUUUCAAAGAGUUCAAAUUCUAGGAUUCUACCUACAGGUGUGCCUAUUCCUCCGUCAGGACCUAGUGGAAGUACAUUAGAUCCACCUCCUCCAUCGUCAAUAUUGACAUCUUCAUCACUUUUGAAAAGUUCAAAUUUCAAGAUUCUACCUAUAGGUGUUCCUAUUCCUCCGUCGGGACCUAGUGGAAGUACAUCAGAUCCGCCACCUCCAUCGUCAAUAUCGAAAUUUUCAUCACUUUUGAAGAGUUCAAAUUUCAAGAUUCUACCUACAGGUGUGCAUAUUCCUCCGUCAGGACCUAAUGAAAGUACAUCAGAUCUGCCACCUCCAUCGUCAAUAACGACAUCUUCAUCACUUGUGAAGAGUUUAAAUUUCAAGAUUCUACCUACAGGUGUGGCUAUUCCUCUGUCGGGACCUAGUGGAAGUACAUCAGAUCCGCCACCUCCACCGUCAAUAUCGACAUCUUCAUCACUUUUGAAGAGUUCAAAUUUUAGGAUUAUACCUACAGGUGUGGUUAUUCCUCCGUCGGGACCUAGUGGAAGUACAUCAGAUCCACCUCCUCCACCGUCAGUAUCGACAUCUUCAUCACUUUUGAAGAGUUCAAAUUUCAGGAUUCUACCUACAGGUGUGCCUAUUCCUCCGCCGGGACCUAGUGGAAGUACAUCAGAUCCACCUCAUCCACCGUCAGUAUCGACAUCUUCAUCACUUUUGAAGAGUUCAAAUUUUAGGAUUCUAUCUACAGGUGUGCCUAUUCCUCCAUCAGGACCUAGUGGAAGUACAUCAGAUCCACCUCCUCCACCGUUAAUAUUGACAUCACUUUUAAAGAGUUCAAAUUUCAAGAUUCUAUCUACUGGUGUGCCUAUUCCUCCGUCAAGACCUAGUGAAAGUACAUCAUAUCCACCUCCUCCAUUGUUAAUAUCAACAUCUUUAUCAAUUUCAAAAAGUUUGAACUUCGGGAUGCUGCCUAAAAGUCCUCCGUCAGGACCUAGUGGACAUACAUUGGAUCCACCUCCUCCACCAACAAAAAUGUAA